CAUCUUCCUCUCUUUCUAUUGUCUGUCUUUUCUUCCUCACCCUCUCUUCGAGGGUUUUUUUUCUUUUUUUUUUCUUUCCUUUUUUUCUUUUUUUCUUUUCUCUUUGUAAUUUAGUUUUUCAUUUUAUUCUCGUUUCCCAUUUCUAUUACCUCUUCAAACCCUAACCCUAGAACUGAAGAUGUUGCCACAGAAGUUUAGGCAGAAUCCAAUGAUUGAGCAACACUCUCUCUACCAACACCCUGCUCUUAUUACUCCACAGAUAGAGCCUAUCUUGAGUGGAAAUCUGCCUCCUGGCUUUGAUUCGAGUACUUGCCGCAGUGUUUAUGUCGGCAACAUUCAUCCUCAGGUUUCAGAGCCCCUGCUUCAAGAGCUGUUUUCAAGUGCUGGUGCCCUUGAAGGGUGCAAGCUUAUUCGAAAAGAAAAGUCAUCAUAUGGCUUCGUGGACUACUUUGAUCGCAGUUCAGCUGCAAUUGCUAUUGUGACUCUCAAUGGGAGGAAUAUUUUUGGGCAGUCUAUCAAAGUUAACUGGGCUUAUACUCGUGGUCAGAGAGAAGACACAUCAGGACACUUUCAUAUUUUUGUUGGCGACCUUAGUCCCGAGGUUACAGAUGCAACUCUGUAUGCUUGCUUCUCCGCAUAUUCUAGCUGCUCAGAUGCAAGGGUAAUGUGGGACCAGAAGACAGGCCGAUCUAGGGGGUUUGGAUUUGUUUCUUUUCGAAAUCAGCAGGAAGCCCAAAGUGCCAUAAACGAUUUAACUGGUAAAUGGCUUGGAAGUAGACAGAUCCGUUGUAAUUGGGCCACAAAAGGAGCUAAUAUGAAUGGUGAAAAUCAGAGUUCAGAGUCCAAAAGUGUUGUGGAGUUAACUAGUGGAACAUCUGAAGAAGCGCAGGAAAUGACCAGUGAUGACAGUCCUGAGAAGAAUCCUCAAUAUACCACUGUUUAUGUUGGCAAUCUUGCUCCCGAGGUUACUUCUGUUGAUCUCCAUCAUCAUUUUCAUGCCCUUGGUGUUGGAACUAUUGAAGAUGUUAGGGUGCAACGAGACAAAGGUUUUGGGUUUGUGAGAUACAGUACCCAUGGUGAAGCAGCUCUUGCUAUACAGAUGGGCAAUACUCGGUUUCUGUUUGGCAAACCUAUCAAGUGUUCAUGGGGUAGCAAGCCUACUCCUCCAGGAACAGCCUCUACUCCUCUUCCACCACCAGCUUCUACGCAUGUACCAGUGCCAGGGUUUUCACCUGCCGGUCUUGCAUUGUAUGAACGCCAGUUGGCUUUGAGCAAAAUGAAUGAGGCACAUGCCGUAAAGCGGGCAGCCAUGGGAAUGGGUGCUCUUGGGGCUGGGUAUGGGGCAGGAUUCCCUAAUGUUGCCACCACCCAGCACCUAAUGUACUACCAGUAAAAUAUCCAAUCCCCUAUGACAAAGGAUGUGUUUGUUUAUUAUAAGUUUAUUGAGCCGCUAGAAUGGUUCUACAAUACUGCAUGUUAAUUUCUUCCACCCUCCCUUUGUUGUACUCUAUUCUAACUUUUAUCCUUAUAAAUCUUUUCCUUUUGCACC